AUGCGAGUCUCCGCUCUUUCGCCAUCCAAUUCUGCAGGAGGCCUUACCAUCCUUCUGCUUCUUCUAGAUUUCAUCACUCCAGCAGCCACGGUUAAGCACGAGAACUUCAAGACCUGUUCGCAAUCCGGCUUUUGCCGUAGGAACAGGGCUUUUGCCGAUCAUGCUCUUACCCCGGAGUCCAAUUGGGUAUCGCCCUACGAAAUCAAGGAGAAUACCGUUUUACUCCAGAACGGGAUUCUCUCAGCCGAGAUUCUGAAAACCGUCCCAGGCCAGACUGAGAAAGUGGUUUUACCCCUAAACAUCAAUUUCCAAAAGAAUGGUGCCGUAAGGGUUACCAUUGACGAACUUAAGCGCACAAAGGGGGACAUUGUUCUACGCGGGGAAAGUAAAGCUCGUAAGGAGCGUUACAAUGAGGCGGAGCGAUGGGCAUUGAUCCCGGACUGGGAUGUUAGGGACGAUAAAGUGGUUUACGAUAAUCAGAAAGGGCAAAUAACUUUGACCUUCGGACCGGAAUUGAAGUAUAAGGCCAUCGUUACAGUUUAUCCGUUCAACAUCAAGUUCGAAAGGGAUGGGGAAACGCACGUGGUACUUAACGACCGGGGGUUGAUGAAUGUUGAACAUUGGAGAGCACAACCCGCAGAGCCUGAAGAAGGGAAGGAGAAGAGCCCGGAAGACCUUGAUGGUGGAUGGGAUGAGACCUUCGGUGGGAAUACAGAUACAAAGCCGAGAGGUCCAGAGGCUGUGUCCAUGGAUAUUUCGUUCCCAGGUUACGAUCACGUUUUCGGAAUUCCAAGUCAUGCGACUUCCCUUUCGCUCAAGACGACGAGAGGCGGGGAAGGAGCCUAUGAGGAACCGUAUAGGCUGUACAACGCAGAUGUCUUUGAGUAUAUCGUGGAUAGCCCGAUGACUUUGUAUGGAUCUAUCCCAUUCAUGCAGGCUCAUAGGAAGGGAUCAAGUGUGGGGGUUCUAUGGUUGAAUGCAGCAGAAACAUGGGUCGAUGUGGUUAAGGAGAAGAAAACCAAGACGGAUACGAAGACACACUGGGUCUCGGAAUCCGGUCAGUUGGAUGUUUGGGUGUUCUUGGGACCAACUCCUCAGACUCUUUACAAGGCAUAUGGCGAGCUCACCGGUUUUACGAAAAUGCCACCCAGCUUUGCGAUUGCAUAUCAUCAGUGCAGAUGGAACUAUGUGUCUGAAGAUGAUGUGAAGGAUGUAGACAGGAAAUUCGACAAGCACGACAUUCCGUAUGAUGUUAUUUGGUUAGAUAUUGAGUACACAGACGGCAAACGCUACUUCACAUUCGACCCCUUGACAUUCAAAGAGCCCGAGAAAAUGAUGAAGAACAUCGACAAAGCUGAGCGAAAGGUCGUCCUGAUUAUUGAUCCUCACAUCAAGAAUACCGAAAACUACCCCGUUGUCGAAGAACUCAAAUCGAAAGAUCUCGCUGUUAAGGACAAAUCUGGUGAUAUUUACGAAGGUUGGUGCUGGCCUGGUUCCUCGCAUUGGAUCGAUGCCUUCAACCCAGCUGCAAUUGAGUGGUGGAAGUCCCUUUUCAAGUUCGACAGAUUCAAGGGAACUGCAAAGAACACCUACAUCUGGAACGAUAUGAACGAGCCUUCUGUCUUCAACGGUCCCGAAACUACUAUGCCAAAGGAUAACCUUCACUUCGGAAACUGGGAACACCGCGACCUUCAUAACCUUAACGGCAUGACUUUCAUGAACGCUACCCAUCAAGCCCUCGAAGCCCGUGAUGUCGGCAAAGGCAAGACCCAGCGAAGUUUCGUUCUCACCCGUGCAUUCUUUGCCGGCGCUCAGCGUUUGGGUGCUAUGUGGACUGGUGAUAAUGAAGCUAAGUGGGAGCAUCUACAAGCUUCUCUCCCAAUGCUGCUAUCCCAGGGUAUCGCUGGUUUCCCUUUCUCUGGUGCUGACGUUGGUGGGUUCUUCGGAAACCCGUCGAAGGAGCUGUUGACCAGGUGGUAUCAGUCUGGUAUCUGGUAUCCAUUCUUCCGUGCACAUGCACACAUCGAUGCUAAGCGUCGAGAGCCAUAUCUUACCGGUGAGCCAUAUACCAGCAUCAUCCGUGAUGCCAUCCGGCUCCGAUAUGCUCUGCUCCCAGCUUGGUACACCGCGUUCCACCGUGCGUCGAAAGAUGGUAUGCCGAUCAUCAGACCAAACUUCGUCGCCCACCCAGACGAUGAAGAGGGCUUCGCAAUCGAUGACCAGGCUUAUAUUGGUGACACCGGCUUGCUUGUCAAACCAGUUGUCGGUGAAGGUGUUGAUAAGGUCGAUAUUCAUCUUGCUGAUGAUGAAAUUUAUUAUGACUACUGGACCCACAAGAUUUACCAAGGCAAGGGAAAGAAAGAGUACAGUGCACCACUAGAGAAAAUCCCGCUUUUGAUGAGAGGAGGACAUAUUAUCCCACGCCGAGAUAGACCUAGAAGAUCUAGCGGAUUGAUGAAGCAUGACCCGUUUACUUUGGUUCUCGUACUGAAUAAGAGGGGUCACGCUAUGGGUUGGCUCUACCACGAUGACGGUGAGAGCUUUGACUACAAACAAGGAGCCUACAUCCACCGCCAAUUCAUGUAUAACGGCAGCAGGAAAACUCUAUCGUCUAGGGAUCUACAUAAGGAUCGCGCUGCUGCAGAGACAUACAAAAAGGCCGCAAGCGCACUCCAGAUUGAGAAGAUCGUCAUCGUUGGAGCGAGCAAUUCUCUUGAUACUAGUGCCUUGGCAGAGGGUAGAUCAAAGGCAAAGGCUAUACUGGUUGAAGAUGAUAACGGAAAGGUUAAGGAAUGGCACGCUAGCUUGGGCUACACCGCUGCGGUUGAUAAAGAUCAUGGUGAUGUUCUUGUCAUAAAGAAUGCCAAGUUAAAGAUUGGGAAUGAUUGGACUAUUUAUCUCGAGCAGGUGGGUGCUGAGGAUAAGCCUAAGGAUGAAUUGUAA